AUGUCGAUCAAAAGGGUCCUGGUCUACGCCUUCGCGAUAUCUUUACUCCCUUGCCUAAUCACCAGCGCAGCCACACCAUCAAAAGACGAGUCUCGCGUCAACAUCGACUUUUCCUCCCUCCUCGAUGGCUCCUUAGGCUAUCUACCCGCACUAUGGCUUACUUCCCAAGGCGUUCUUGCCGAACUCCAAACGGUGUCAGAGUACGAUCCACUUACGUCUCGGCAGGAUCGUAGCGACAAGGAAAAUGGUGCCGUUACAGGGGCCUUUGUCGGCUCCAUGCUUGUACCUUUGGUCACCAACAUCGCGGAAUCCGACACUGUCACUCAAGGCAUUUGCAAGUCCCUUGUAGCUGGUGCAACCGGUUCGCUUGGCUCUGUCGUUGGGCAAGAGGCUGGCAAGCUACUCUACCCAGCAAAUCACACAUCAGCUUCAGAGUUCGAGCAAGCCAUCGUUCCUGGCACGUUCUUUGGUGGUGUUACCACAAACGCUGCCGGGACUGCGCUUAGCAAAACCCUCUGCAAAGGCCUUGUUCCAGGUCUUGAAAAGCUUUGGGAAAAUGCUGAAGCCGGAGUGGCAGGGCGAGUCGCCGAUGGGCUUCGCCGUGGUCUCCCCGAGGUCCUGUCCAGUCGCUUGAGGGAGAUGGGUGCCAAACCCGCGCAAGCAAGCCGAUUUGCAAGCCAGAUUGGAGAGACAAUGGGACUGGUCGAUCGCACUAAUCUGGGGACGGCAUUUGAGCGACUAAACCGAGAACUUGUGGCCGAUAGCCUGGAUCUGGUAGAAGCUGCAGGCGCCGAAACAAUCGAACGUACGGCAAUCCGCGAUCUCAUCGGACUGAGUCACAACACCUUGGCGAAUCUACCAGGUUCUAUCCCCGGGAUGACACUCCCCUUCGAACCUGCUGCUGAGCGAAUGGGAUUGGCAACCAAGUUCGCCUCGCAACUUACAGAGCAUUUAGACUACGCCAAGAAGUUUGACAAGAAGAUGCAAAACGGUGUCAACAAACUCUACGACAUUGUCGACGACGUGCGCUCCAGAAUGAAGUCAGUUUUAGACAGUACAGGAGUCACAGAUGCAGCGCGCAAAAUGAAGGAGAUAGCCGACUCUGCCCGGGAGCGCCUCAGAAAGCUCCCAAAUCCGUUCAAGAACAACUGCAAUCCCGAAAACCCUUCAACGGUCGACAACCAAAACCCCAAUAUCUGCGCCCGCGGUCUGGUCGAUCAGUGCUGCCCAAUCUGUCCAACCUGCCCAGACGCCCCAGCUGUCCCGGAAACCCCGGCUGUCCCAGCCAGCCCUGCCCCGGUCGUGGAGACUGUCUACGCAACUGUCUAUACGACGCUCACCAUCGCAAACACAAUCGUGGAUGUCAUUGAACAACUUGAAUACCUCACAGAGACUAUCUCACACCACGUCAAACAGACUAUCCCACACCACGUCACAGAGAAGGUCCAGCAGAUCGAGAAUGUUGAGAUCCCGCAAUACAUCACACAGACUGUUCAGGUCCAAGUCCCGCAGUACGUCCAAGUCCCGCAAUACGUCACACAGACUAUCCAGCAAAUCGAGACUGUUGUAACAACAAUCGAGCUUUAUCACAACAAGAUGUGCAAAUACUGGUGUUGA